GUUGCAGCUUUGCAGGCACCAACCAAACUAUUUUGCAUCUUUUAUUCAAGCUUCUGAAGAACCUGAGGUUUCAGUCAUAAAAAAAGAAUCUGAGAUUUUCUUUGUACCGUCUGGUUGUUCGUUUGGUUCCCAUAAUCAUAUGGUACGUCAAAAGAAAGAAAUGACUAAAUUAUUAGUUAUGAGAUUCAUAAAACAGAGUGAUGGCAAUUAAGAGAUUACAUGUUUGAUUUUGGAUUUGUGGUUUUUCUUCUAAGAAAACUCAAAUCUGCUCAGGAGAAUGAGGUGACUAAUGAUUUCCCCUCGGUUAUGCAGGAAUCUUUUUAACUUGUUUUACAGAUAAACGGGUGGAUGGCAACAAUUAGGGUGCUGCUAAAAUUGCUAACAGUGGCAUCUUUGUUCAAUGUUAUGCUACCGACUCACACAAACCACAAGUAGAAAGGAUUACAAGGACGCAAAUCACUUCUUGUCAUGUCCUUUUCCAGUCAUAGUCAUGAAUACCUGUCUCCUAUUGUCUUGUCCACAACUGAUGGAAAUACUAGUGUUUUGGAUAUUGAUUCAUAGAUAGCGUGAAAUUAAGGUGUUAAUUUUCAUGCUUUCUAAUAGACAAAUCCAAUAAAUUUUUGUUGCAACACUUGUAUUAUAAUUCAACUCUGGCAACACGAGACAAAUGAUACUCUAGUCCAUAGUCAAACUCAGAUAGAUUUUGUUGUAAACAACAUUGAAGCUACUUCUAUGCUUCUGUCUUAAGAUUUGCUCAAAAAAACCUUCAGUGAUAUGUCCAUAACCAGAGUUUGCCACCAAGGAUAAUAAGAAACUUCAUUCCAU